AUGGCCAGAGCUAGAUUUUUUCAAUGGUCAUCUGUUGCGUCAUUGGGAGAUGGAUAUGAAUAUGUACCAUGUCAUUACCAUCUUUUCACGGUUUUUUGCUCCUUCGAAGCAAAACUUAAUCUAAGGAUUGAAACAACACGCAGAAGAGCAAUUUAUUAUUUUUCUGCUCAAUUAAACGCUUGCUUUAACCUCAAAGCUUCGUCAAUGCAUGGUAAGCGCCUACAAAAGCAAACGAUAAACUACACAGUCAUUCAUCGUGCUCAAAAACUGAAUCGAGAUAAAGCACCAAUGCUUUACACAGGGUGUAAUAGUACCCAAUUUUUCACUCAAAAGUUACUUGAAUUGGCCGUAAUUCUCAAUUUCAUGAUUACUGCAGCCGAAGACCUCAGGAACUUUGGUUUCAGACAAUCAUCAUAUCGGUUAGAUUAA